AUGAGCGCGCCCGCCGUCCAGUCGGCUCCUGCCGAGAGCCACAGCCAGAGCCAGAGCCUGGACGAGAAGAACCCCGGGAAGACGACGACCGAGAUCAGCGCCGACAACUCUGAGUCCGACGACGAGACGACGGAGCCUCAGAAUGGUGUCAAGAAGAUCCAGGCCAUUACGUCCACAUGGUCGUACAAGGCGCUCAUCCUGACCUAUGUGCUCAUCUGGGUCACUUCCUACACGCAUUCCAUGCAGCAGCAGAUGAACAGCAACCUCGCGCCCUAUGUGACCUCGUCGUUCCAGCGUCACGGUCUCACUGCGACGACUGGUGUCGUGGCUUCGAUUGCCGGUGGUGUUUCCCAGCUGCCCUUUGCAAAGAUCCUCAACGUCUUCGGCCGCAUGGAAGGCUACAUCCUGGCGCACGUUCUGUGCUGCUUUGGACUCAUCCUGAUGGCGGUAUGCCGUAACGUGGAGACUUAUGCUGCUGCUCAAGUCUUCUGGACUGUCGGAAGUGGAGGUAUCGGCUACAUCCACACGGUCAUCAUCUCCGACACGACCUCGAUCCGCAACCGAAUGAUCAUCUACACUCUUAACUCGACCGCCUACAUCGCCAAUGCUUUCGCGGGACCCGUUGUCGCCCAGCUGUUCGUGGAGAAGAGCAGCUUCCGCUGGGCCUUCGGAGCGUUCGCCAUCAUCUUCCCGGCGUUCGGCCUGCUCAUCACGGGCAUGCUGUGGUGGAACCUGCGCAAGUCGUACAAGAUCGGCAAGGGCCCGGAGCUGGUCAAGAGCGGCCGCAGUAUCCAAGAAUCCCUCAUCUUCUACUUCAGGGAGUUUGAUAUCGUGGGCAUGCUGCUCAUCAUGUUCGGCUUCUCGCUCUUCUUGCUGCCGUUCAGCCUGGUGCGCUACACCUCCAAGGGCUGGACCGCCGGACACAUCAUCGCCAUGAUCAUCCUCGGCAUCUUCUGUCUCGUGCUCUUCGGUUUCUGGGAGAGGAUGUACGCCGCGACCCCCCUCGUGCCGUGGAAGAACCUCAAGGACAGGACCAUCCUGGGCUCCGCCGCCACCGCCGGCGUCAUCGCCCUGAGUUUCAGCUCCUGGGAGUCGUACUUCUCGUCGUACCUCCAGGUCGUCCACAACCAGAGCAUCAGCCAGGCAGGAUUUAUCGGCAACAUCUACACCAUCGCGUCUUGCACGUGGGGACCCAUCGUUGGACUGCUCAUUCGCCAGACCAACCACUACAAGUGGAUCGCCAUGGCCGCGAUCCCCGUGGCCUGCCUCUCGACCGGUCUGCUCAUCCACUUCCGCACGCCGGACACGUAUAUCGGCUACGUCAUCAUGUGCCAGAUCCUCAAGGCCGUCUCCGCCGGCACCAUCAUCAUCUGCGAGCAGCUGGCCGUCAUGUCCGUGGUCAAGCACAACGAGGUCUCCGUGAUGCUCGCCCUCAUCGGCCUCGCGACCUCGGUCGGCCGUUCCAUCGGCCGCGCCAUCUCCGGCGCCAUCUGGACGAACGAGUUCCUGGACCUACUCAACAAGUACCUGCCCGCGGAGGCCAAGGGCGACGCUCUCACGAUCUACGGCGAUCUCAAGGUGCAGCUCUCGUACGCCUGGGGCAGUCCGAUCAGGUCUGGCAUUAUCCAGGCUUACGGUGCUGUCCAGAGACACAUGGUCAUUUGCGGCGCGGCUUUCAUGCCGUUGGCGCUUGCGUGUGUGUUCUUGUGGAAGAAUGUCAAUGUUGCGAAGGUUCACCAGACCAAGGGACAGGUCUUCUAG